CUCGCGACACCUGUGCUCCCUGACGCGUGUCCCUUGCGCGUCCUUGUAUAAAACCAACCUGCUUGCCGCCGUGGUCUACUCGCACCGCGCCGAGAAAGUAGCACUCAGCGUAACUGAGACUAGUCGCUGCCGUUCUCUUCUGCUUCCACCGAGGCGUCUGGUGUAUGAUGGAGAGGAAGGGAGGGUGCUGCUUGGCGCCGAGGUACGCAGCCGGGGCCCAGGCAGGCCAGGGGUGGCACAUGGGAAGGGCCAUGCUGAAGUUUAGGCCCAUCGCGCCAAAGCCGGCGGCGAUGGCGCCUGCGCCGAUGCCGGCCGUGCCGGCUGGGAAGGGGAAGGGGAGACGGAAGGCGGUUGCAGGGCCAGGGGGUACCGGGAGGAGGGGACGGAAGCCCAAGAAGCAGGCCACGGUGGCUGCACCGACGACGCAAAAGUUGGACUACGUGCAGGACAAGCCUUUGUCCUCGCCGUCCUCCUCCUCGUCGGGGAUGACGUCCGUCGACUCGUCGCCUCCUCCACCCCUGCCGCUCAUGCCUGUGCUGCCGGCAGAGGAGGGGUUCGGUGGGGCGGCGCCGGUGGCGAAUCUGGCGCCUGCCCACGUUGCCGGACUGGUCCUGCCGCCGCAGGCGCUGCGGCAAGCGGUGUCCUGGGUGACGGUUGAGGACGUCACAGGCAUCUGGCGCGACGGCGAGGCGCCGUACGCUGCGGCCUGCGGCGGCGACGAGGCCCCAACGUUCGUGUCCGACCAGUGCGGCCGCGUCACGUGGACAAACGUGGCUUUCAACCGGGCAGUGUCCGGUAGGGAGGACGUAGACGCAGCCAUGGCCCCGUCGGCGGCCGCUUCCGAGGUGCGGGUGGUGCUCGCCGCCAAGGAUGGCGCCCCCGUGCCGGCGUGGGGCUCCUGUGCCGGUUUCACCUGUCGGGUGCGCGUCCCGUACGCAUGCCCUCGCCGAGGUUCCCUCGUGGCCCCGUGCGACGUGUGGCGGCUAGACGCUGGCGGCUACCUCUGGCGGCUCGACCUUCAGGCCACCCUCAGCCUCUCCCUCGGCGGCUUCAUUUGACUGCGUACGCAUUCCAUGUACGGAGACGUAUGAACCAAUCAAAAUCAUGUGUUAGUCUGCGCUAUGAUUAUGGUAUUGAUUUAGCGGUCAUGACUCAUUACCGGAUUUGGUAUACUCUUAUUAUGAACUGAACUGUAGAGUAGUUUAAGAAGAGGGGUAGAGAUGCAAGUGCAAAAGAUUUCUUUCUAACAAUGGUAGGGUCCGAGGACUCAUAUGGACACAGAUCCCUUGACGUACUGUAGGUGCCAUUGGUCCACUGACAUGUCGGCCCAGGAUCCUCGUAGCAAAGCUAUAUAAGGCUGGCCAUAGUGGGGUAACAUAACUAGUACUCCCUCCGUUCGGGAAAAGUUGUCCCUGACGACAUUUUGCGAAAAUCACCUCCCCUUUCUCCCGACAAACUACGCAGCCCUCCCUCCGUCUGCUUCUCUGCUCCGUCGCCUCGCCACGCGCCGGCCGCCUGCUCCGUCGCCUCGCCGCAUGUCGGCCGCCUUCUCCCCCUCGUCUCGCCGCUUCUCUGCGUCCGCACUAGGAGAUCAAGAGGGAAGGGAUCUCCUUUUCUGUAAAGCUCGUGCCUUGCCGGCUGCGUCGGCGGCGCUCGAUGACCCGCUCCUCGUUCUCGAGCACCCCCUCCAGACCUCGAGCUCCGGCGGCGGAGCUCGAUGGCCCGCUCCUCGUCCUCGAGCACCUCCUCCAGACCUCGAGCUCCGGCGGCGGUGGCAUGGGAAAGACGACCAGGGCAUGGGGAAGACGAAGACUUGCUCCAGCAGCUCAUCUUGCUCCUCGAGCUGGUGGGCUGAUGAUGGAGGACCUGCACUCUUGGCUCCACCAGCGCCGCCGCUGCCGCUUCUGCUUCUGCUCCCCGCUCGCCCACAGCGCAGAAAUUGGAGGAGGAAUGGAGUAUUGCAGAGGAAUGGAUGCUGCUUCUUUUGGUGCAGGUUUGCAUGUGAAGACCUUCACCCUGCGCUCAUUAUGUAAGCCACUUUGUAAUCUUAUUGUGCUGUCUUUUCUCUGUCUUUCUGUCAGGAAGGAUUUGGGAAUGUUUUCAGAGAUGUUUUCCUUCUCUCAUUUUAGACCAUGAUCAUUUUAAUGCUACAGUUUAGAAACAAGGAAAUUUAGUUGAUGGAAGCACAUUCCAUGAACAUCAAGGAAAUUUUAGUAAACUGCAGUAGGAUUUUCCAAGUUAGUGCUUGCAAAAUUUGUCACUGUCAACUGAAACAUGAGUGUAUGUUUUCAUUUUCCAAACUAGUGCUUGCAAAAUUUGCAAGCAUUGUUAUUUUAUUUUAUUUCUUUGUACAAUAUGGCAGUAGAGACCAU